CAUCUCCAACAGCAAAACCAGGAGCCAUUUUAACAGCGGGAGCUAGUGAUCGUGGAAGAGAAGCGCGGGCACAGAACAAGGGGAAAGGAAAAUCAGGUGCUCGCGCUUCUCGCAUUGCUUUGGUUAUUUUGUUUGAGGGAGGAAAAAAAAACAUUGCGCGUUCACCUCAUUUGUUUGCUUUAGUUUUUAUUUACAAAAUAAAGUUUAAACAAAAAUCACUGACUGGAAGUUAUGGCGACGGCUACUCCAAAGACCCAGCCGCGUCCGAGCGGCCGGAGUGCAGCCAGUUCCCCGCUCAGUCCGACCCGCAUUUCCCGGCUGCAGGAGAAAGAGGAACUGAAGAACCUCAACGACAGACUCGCCGUAUACAUCGAAAAGGUACGCUCGCUGGAGUCCGAGAACAGUAUCCUGCAGUUGCAAAUCACCGAGAGGGAAGAAGUGACCAGCCGAGAGUUGACCAGCAUCAGGAACCUGUACGAGAAUGAGCUGGCGGACGCUCGCCAAUCUCUGGACGAGACUGCGAAAGAGAGAGCGCGGUUGCAAAUAGAGCUGGGGAAACUCCGCGGGGACUACGAAAACGUGCUGCAAAAGUAA